CAUUCCGCGUUAUAGGGCGUGGCUAAAACUACAAAGGAUUAUAUUUAUAGUCAGCAUGCUCAUUACCUGUCUUGACUGCUCUACAAUGUGCUGUACAUAGAAACAGUGAAAUUGAUCAUUUUUAAUGUUGAUUUUUCUAAAAAGUAAAGAGAAUUUAGCUCUAAAAAGUCGACUAAGCAACGCAGCCACUAUUACUAGACAAAUAAAUGCUAUGCAAGAAGAAAUAGCCUUUACUAUGAAGUCGUAGGAGGGACAGGCCCGUGGUGUGUCUAAAAGUAUACUAAAGCAGUUUAAAGGACUAUACUGCAAACGCUUAUGAACAGUACAGCUUAUUUAUAGCAUGAAGCCAUUCUAUGUAGCACUUAGAUACAUAAUAACCAAGUCAAGCAAUGUCCUUUGCUGUUUUGACUUCACAGGAGGGACAGAGAAAAGUUGACAUAGAGUAAUUCAAGCUAAACUCAAAAAAAUUGGAAACAGAGUAAAGACAACGGACUUAGAGCUUGUCAGUGGUAUAAGCUUACUUCUCUCAAGUAUCUCCCAGGCCCUGAGUGAUCUCUAGUGGAUAGGAGAGCUAGAAACCAGGGAUACAAAACCGUAGCGCAGUCCUCCAUGUAAUUAUUUGCGAGCGCAAUAAUUACACGGAGUGCUUCACCGGAUGUCAGUCCUUUUACAUAGGGCGUGGGCGGUCGUUUCCAAUCCCCUUUCUUUUGUAUCUCUGGUACAGACAGACACACAGAGAAAAUGUCACUGGAAACAAGGAGUUUGGUUCUCCCUGGAGAAAUGGGAUACCAUUCAACCUAUGGAAGCAUACAAGCUGGUCACAACAAGGAUGAUAACAGUGAUAUGGAUGAUGAUGAUACCAGGAGGCCAUUGUACAACAGAUCUUCAGUGGUGUCAGUGUCUUCCUUCAGUGAGCUAUUUGAGAAAGAAUUGAACAGAAGAAGAGCUGAAGAGAACGAUCGGAGUGGUAGUGACGAUGAAGACGCAGCACCGCCUCAUCAAACUAUUUAUCGACGAAGCUGUGAAGACAAGCCGAAACUUACCCUCCUGGCUCCACUCUACUUCCUGCUAAUGGUGAUUGCAGCAGUCAUCGCAUUUUACUCCAUUGAGUCGGUGAUUGUAUCGAUCAGCAUCGAGUCCGCUCAGUCCAGUACAUCACAGUGGAGGAGGACUACACCAUUGGCAUCGCUAUGUUCCCACAAGACUUUGCCAAAUUCAAUCAUAGUGUGUGAGGAGGAGGUCAAGGCGAGGAUGGGAUUGGUGGAGUGUGUCAACCACAACCUAGUGGAGCCCUACCAUCAUCUACGAGAAACACGGUGAGUAUGUUGCACAGAUGAAGUUCACUCUGCUGCUAAUGCCCAAUGGACCACAAAGACUCACCAGUGGCUCCUUUGACCCUGCAUGAGCUAGUGUCUUCACAGCUGAAACUGGAAGACCCUCCUCAACUGAAUGUAACGCUGGCUACAGUGUGCUGGUGAGCUGCAGUGAGAAGAUAGUCCAGUCACUCUCUGAGGACCCGAAGGCCUUGGCCCUCCACCUCCUGUCAGCUGGGCUCAUCACUGUGUCCAAUCUUGAGAAACCCAACGAGUAUGU